CAGUGACGUUCGCCUAUAGAGCGAUUUUCUUUCUUUCUAGCCUGCCAUUGUUAAGUGUUUAGUCGAAGUUGUAAGUGAGUUGGAAAUUUAUAAACAAUGACCAAUCCUAAAGGUUACAGACGAGGAACUCGAUACCUUUUCUCCAGAGGGUUUAAAAAGAAAGGACUUGAACCUCUUUCUACAUUCUUGAAAGUCUAUAAACGAGGAGAUAUUGUUGAUAUAAAGGGAAAUGGAGCUUUCCAGAAGGGAAUGCCUCACAAAUUCUAUCAUGGAAAGACUGGUCGAGUGUUUAAUGUGACACCUCAUGCUGUUGGAGUGAUAGUCAAUAAACGUGUCAGGAACCGUAUCAUUCAGAAGCGCAUCAAUGUUCGAGUAGAGCAUGUUAAACACUCAAGAUGUAGGCAGGAGUUUCUUAAUCGAGUGAAAGAAAAUAACCAGAAGAAAAUGGAAGCCAAAGAAAAAGGCAUCAAAAUUUCUCUGAAGCGACAGGCAGCCCAACCAAGAGAAGCCCAUGUGGUCUAUACAAAGAACAAUGAACCUGAAUUACUAGAACCUGUCCCUUAUGAAUUCAUUGCCUAAAACAAACAAUUGGCAAAAUAAAGUUUAGUUCUGUUGAU